UAGAAUUUGUUCAAAGGUGGAGGUUUAUCAUCCUAUUGUUCCCUUUUUCCUUUUUGUAUGCUCAGUUACUCUUUAUUUGAUCUCUGUUGAGGGCAACGUCGCUUGGUGCAGACUAUAUGGAGGUUGUAACCUAUUAGUUGUUCCCUGAAGGCCAAUUUGUAAUAUUCUGAAAUUUGUUUUAAUUUCAGUUUUUGGUAACCUAAACUUUAAAUGUAAAUGUCUGCCAUUUUCCUGCGGAUCUGUUUCAGGUCGCUCGUUGCAUUCCAGCUGGUUAAAUUUGAAGAAAAAUAGGUGUUGUAAAACUUUGGAAUGGAACUGUAACUUUGUCUUGGUUUAUCUAAUUUAUCCAGCUUGAACCCUGUGCCACAGUUCCGCCGCGAGACCUCUGGCGAACUGACCCUCAAGGCCUCCGCCGAGGCGAUCCAGGUCGCCAAGGCAUACGGCCUGAGCGGCUCUGUGCCGUUCAAGGUCAAGUCGGCCGAGAUGGUCAGGGAGCAGGCCAGGAGACGGGUGCGGGCAGCAGGUGGUGACCCCGGGGACUCCAAGCUGGUGCACAGCGCCAGCGAGCUCCAGUUUGGACAGUACCGGGGUCAGACUUUUAAAUGGUUGCUGACCCAUGACCUCGGCUAUGCCGUCAUGGUGUUGGCAACCCACCUGAGGGAGCGCGAAGAUGGCCUGGUGUCGGAUAGCCCGCUGGCGAGCAAUAAAAACGCCUUGGAGUCCUACGCCUGGCUCUUCCCCGACGUGAAGAAGGCCAUCCGUCGUCGCCAGGAGAGAGACGGGUCAGCCAGGACUCUGGACGAGGGCAAGAGGCUCGUCGGCUUCGGCCAACAUGGACACCUGACGUUUGAGGCCCUUUACAAUACAGAAGAUCGGGAGGCCAAGAGUUACAUCAAAUGGCUCCGGCGCCAGACCACCAAAGUCGGGACCAAGAUGCAUGCACUCCAGCUGUAUGUGCAGCGGAGAGACGAGGCGAAGGCGGCAGCAACCUCCUCCCUUCCCAAAACCACCACUGUUGCCCCCACCGCCUCUCUCUCUGCAGCAGCCUCCGUCAUCGAGAUUCCCGAUGACGUGCUGCUGUCGGCCUGCAUGGAGUUGGAGGCUGGUAAGUGACAGCCACCCAUGGAAACUGGUGGUGGCUCCUUCACUUUUUCUGUUUAACCUGUUAUUUGUUUGAAUUUGUUAACAACCUUCCCCAGCAUCUACCUCCCAGUCUGCAACCAGUGGAGGGCCCUUGCCAUCCCAGCGCUCCCAACCGACGGCUGAUCUGGGAAAGCAGCCUUCGCAAACGCUGUCCGUAGCCAGGAGAGAGGUGAGUUAAAAGGAUGUGUUUGUUUGAAUUGCAUUGCCGGGAAAGGAACAGGCCCUGUCUGAUUGCUUUUGUUUGUUUUUCUGUUGCUCAUGCUGUCUGUCUCUGUGUCUGUCUCUCUCUCUCUCACACA